AUGUUGUCGGCGACUGCACUUCUCUAUGGGUUCUCCAUACCAUUUAUGUAUAUGGUGUACAAGGUAUUCAAAUGGGCUUAUAGUCUACGCGUGGAGAAUAUGAACAAGAAGACCGUGGCAAUCUCCGGAUGUGAUUCAGGAUUCGGGCGUAUUCUAGCUGUCAGACUUGUUAAAGAAGGAGUCCCAGUAAUUGCUGGAGUGUUGAGAAAAGAGAAUGGUGAAAGCUUGAAACGGAAUGUCGCUAAUCCAAGUCUCCUCACAUACGGAACACUUAAUGUUGGAGAUGAUGAGAGUGUUAAAGAGUUUGGAAAACUAGUGGAGAAAACUGUGGAGGGCAAAGGGCUGUGGGGAGUUGUUGCCAAUGCAGGGAUUCUUGGAAACUCGGGACCAGAUGAUUGGCUUAACACACAAGAUUACAUCAAUACUAUGCAAGUCAACACCUUUGGAGUCAUGAGAUUCAUCCAAACUCUCAAGAAGUUUGUGAAGAAGCAGCAAGGAAGAGUUGUUAUCAUUUCUUCUAUUUCUGGUCGAACUCCACGUCCAACCGUCGGCCCUUACUGCGUUUCGAAACAUGCUGUGGAAGCAUAUGCUGAUGUUAUCAGACACGAAUUGGUCGACUUUGGUGUCUCGGUGCAUUUGCUUGAACCGGGAUUCUUCACAACUAACAUUACACAGACAGCGACUAAUGACUUGGACGCCGUGUGGAAUCGACUUGACGAUGAGACUAAGAAGGAAUACGGAAAGGAAUUUUUCGAUGCUUACAAGCACUCCCGCUUCUCUCGUCUUUCUCACUGUGCCGAUGACUUGAAUCCAGUAAUCGAUGCCUAUGAACACGCUCUGUUUGCAAAGUACCCGAAAACAAGAUACUGGGUUGGCUGGGACACUAUCCUCUUCUACAUUCCAUUGGCCACACUCCCAACUUUUGCCCAAGACUGGUUCAUCUCCUACCAAAGACGUGAUCGCCCAGUUCCUGCUGCCGGAGUGAAACGUCAUUGA